CUACUCCAGAGUACUCAUGCUUGCAUAGGCGCAAUCAUUAUUGGCCGUUGGGAAACUCUCAAGACCAAAUAACCGAAUGGAGACGCAGCUGAGACCCCUCACACCGGUCUAUACUUCCUCCAUCUUGGUAGCUUCAUAUUGUGCCAAUGCAUCGAAUGUGCGUCUAUCCCUCAUGUAGGGUAUCAGAGUGUACUUUUCUCCGCUUCCAGCCACCUAUAAACCGCACAUCGAACCACCUUGCAAGCAAGUCCACUCUCUCACGAUCAUUCACCUCCUACAACCAACCCUAUAAUAAUGCCCAAUUCCACCCAUCUAACCGACUAUCCGGCCGAACAUGCAUGAUUACGGGUGGAAGCUCAGGGAUUGGAUUUGCCAUCGCAGAGCGAUUCCUUCAAGAGGGCGUCAGCAGAGUCAUCUUGGUUGGACGGUCCUACGAACGUCUCCAAAGUGCAGCAGCUCGAUUGGAGCGCCAAGCUCCUGAAAGCGUACCCGCUACCAAGCAGACUGAUGGAGCUUCUGAUGCAGUAGCUACUCGAGCUCCAGAGGAAGAUCAGGUUCAGGGUUCGAGCCGUUUCACGCCGGGUACUUUGAUGGACUCGUCGGAUCGGGUUGGUCUGCUUAUUGGCGAUGUAGCUGAAGCUGCGUCUUGGAUGAGGGAACUAGAAAAUGCAAUUAAACCCGUCGACAUCCUCGUCAACGCAGCCGGGAUCUCAACAUCCAACGUUCUCCCCCGCCUAGACCCAAGCGACAUCUCCAAGGUCCUCCGUACAAACCUUGAAGGAUCCCUCCUGACGUCGCGCGCACUCAUCCGCGCCGCCAUACGGAACCGGGUGAGGAACCGUACCGGUGCCGACGGGCUCAUCACCACCCCACCGUCCAAAUGCAUCAUCAACAUAUCCUCCCUCCUUGCUCUAAAGGGUGGCACCGGCGCCGUCCCCUACGCCGCAUCCAAGGCAGGGAUUCUGGGACUGACGAGAUCGUUAACCGUUGAGGCGGCGGAGACGCUCAAGAACCAGGUUAUAAGGUCUAAUGUGAUUGUGCCCGGGUAUAUUGAGACGCCUAUGAUUGCAGAUUUUAGCCAGACCGAAAACGACAAACUGGGGGAGAGAAUCCCGCUCAGGCGAUUUGGACAGCCGCAAGAAGUUGCUGAUGCCGCUGUGUUCCUUGCUCAGAAUGAGUACGCGAAUAACUGUGUGAUCAACCUAGAUGGCGGACUUAGUGCCCUAUGAUUUAGCCUGAAAAUACGCAUUAUAUGCGGGAGACCUGGGGUGGCGAACCAGUUCGAUAUAUGUGUACGAUAUAAGCUUAAAGAGAAAGAUCAGAAGUGGUAGGCCGUAGACUUUAUUCUUUUACUAGGCUACCAUAGGGUCUUGAGUCCUUGAAAGGUAUUGUAGACUAUGUUACAUGAGGCAAAUGGCACGAUAAGCUGGAGAUGACGCCGAUUGAAUUCAGUAUGCCGCCAGAUAACAAAAGGUUGGUUGGGGUACAAAUCAGCUCAUGGAGAAUCGUGGAUGUCGUUUUUUUUUUUUUUUUUUUUUUU